AUUCCCAUUCCAUCUCCCGCCGUCGUCAAAGACGAGAGUUCAUUUGCCAGUCACCGGAAAGGCGAAUCGAUCAUUGUUGUCAAAGAACGGCCAAAUGGAUAUGGACAUUCCUCUUCCCGACGAGCUCGAACUUCUUGAAUCAGACUUACAUCUCUAUGAAGAUUAUUUGGAACCUGAAGUGUACGAAAUCGAGGUGGAUGAAGAAAAGCGGGACAAAGAGUCAUCAGGCAGUCCAAUUCUGCAAUCGAACUCGCCCGAUUUCUCCAGUGCUGCAUUGAACUCGGUCACCGAAUCUUCUUCAGAGAAUGGGCUUAAGCGACUGAGAUCGGACGAUGCUGAUGUACUGAGGGAUUCGGUUUUGGACGACGUGGAGCCUUCAGGAGGGAAGAGAAGCAGGACUGACAAGCCAGAGGUGGAGAACGAGGAGGAUUGGCUUCGAUAUUUACCGCCUACCGAAAACAAUUCUAUGGCGGAAGAAGAAACGAAUUUGGCAGUGAAGGAAAAGACGGUUUUUAGGUUUGUAUCGGAAAUAGAUGGCGAUUUUAUUCCGAUAACGGCACCAGAUAGCGAUGAAAGAGUUUAUGUGAAGUUGAGUCGAUCUGGGGACAAGGAGGAAUCGAAGAAAUUGGACUUGAAAGAGCGUCAUGGAGGUAUAAUGCAAGAAAAUAUCAAUGUUUUACUGGAAAGAGCGGAAAAGGAGGCUUUGACCAAGACCUUGGAGGCUAGUUAUGACACUCAGCUUGAUGCAAUGCCCCCUCAAGAACCAGUGAUGCACGAGCGACUUUGGGUGGACAAAUAUUCUCCAAGUUCUUUUACAGAGCUUCUUAGUGAUGAACAAACAAAUCGCGAGGUUCUUCUAUGGCUCAAACAAUGGGAUUCAUGUGUUUUUGGUUCUGAAAUUAGAACUACAUCAGAUGAAGUUUUAUCUUCUUUAAGGCGACACUUUUCCAUGGCUCAGCAUCAUAAGCUCUCUAGCUUGAGUUCUACUAGGAAGAAUAAGUUUCCAGGAUGGAAGGCUGGUAAUUUUCGAGAUUCUACUUUUUCAGAUAAUAAAGAAGGUACUACAGAAGGCAUUCAGGAUACAUGGAGCAAGAAAAGUAGACUUCCAAGUCCACCAGAACACAAGAUUCUUUUACUCUGUGGUCCACCAGGACUUGGCAAAACUACACUUGCUCACGUAGCUGCCAAACAUUGUGGCUAUCAUGUGGUGGAGAUCAAUGCUAGUGAUGAUCGGUCGUCAUCAACAAUUGAAUCCAAAAUUCUUGAUGCCAUUCAGAUGAACUCUGUAUUAGGAGAUGCCAGGCCUAAUUGUCUGGUAAUUGAUGAAAUUGAUGGAGCCCUUGGUGAUGGCAAGGGUGCAGUGGAUGUCAUUCUAAAGAUGGUCUCUGCAGACAAAAAAGCCGAAAGGGAAAAUGGUUCCAAAGACCAGCCAGGGAAAAGAUCUUCCAAGAAAGGGCAAAGAAGUGUUUCUUUAAUUAGACCUGUGAUAUGUAUAUGUAAUGACCUAUAUGCACCCGCCUUGAGAUCAUUACGUCUGGUGGCAAAGGUUCAUGUAUUUGUUCAGCCAACCAUCAGUCGUAUAGUGAGCAGACUCAAGUACAUAUGUAACCAAGAGGGAAUGAGAUCGAGUUCUGCAGCUCUUUCAGCACUUGCACAGUUUACAGAAUGUGACAUUCGGUCUUGUCUGAACACUCUUCAGUUUCUCUACAAGAAGAGAGAAACCCUUUCCGCAGAGGAGGUAGGUUCUCAAGUGGUUGGACAAAAGGAUAUAUCUAGAAGUGUCUUUGACAUUUGGAAAGAGAUUUUUCAUACAAGAAAAUUGAAGCUUCAAAGUAGAUCAGUUAGUAAAUCCAGGAACACAUGUGAUAAACUUGAACAUUUGUACUCACUUUUAUCAUAUCGUGGUGACUAUGAGUUGAUUUUGGAUGGGAUUCAUGAAAAUAUUUUGCAGCUUAAUUAUCAUGACCCAGUGAUGCAUAAGACUGUCAAAUGCCUUGAAAUGCUUGAAGUUUCAGAUCUCAUGAACCAGUAUAUCAUGCAGACUCAUCAAAUGAUCCUUAAUGUUUAUCAGCCUUCUUCCAUAAUUACCAUACAUCGGUUGGUGGCUCAAGUUCAAAGACCAAAUAUUGAAUGGCCUAAAUCUUAUCAAAGAUGUCGGGCACUGGUAUUGGAAAAGAUGGAAAAUUUGAGGUCUUGGCAUUGCAGAGUUCCUCCACUUAUUUCAAGGCAUAUUAACUCUAAGACAUUUGUGGAAGACUUGGUUUCGCCUUUAUUGCAUAUUAUAUCACCUCGAACUCUUAAACCGAGGGCAAUGCACCUACUGUCGGAAAAAGAGAAGGAUGAUUUCACUCAGUUAGUUAAUGUCAUGGUGUCUUAUGCUAUCUCGUACAAGCAAAUAAAAACAGAUCCUCAUUCCAAUAGCUCCAGACAUGAAGCAACAUUAGAUGGUUCAGUUUUUGCUUUAGAUCCCCCCAUAGAUGGAUUUGUUUGCUUUAAGGACUAUGAAAGCUGCCAUAACGUACUUGCAUUAGCUGUGAAGCAAUUAUUGGUUCAUGAGGUUGAGAAUAAAAAAAUCUUGCAAGGGAGCAAUGGAAAAUUGGAGCCUCUAUCAGAUGCCAAGCAGGUAAACCACGAAGGCACCAGGGACAAAUCUUCAAAAGGUGGACUCACGAAAACGGAAUGCGUAGCUUUAUCGGCUAAAAACAACACAGAAGGUCAAAAAUCAUAUUCAACGCAGCACCAUCCAAGUACCUCAACUUCAGCUUCCGAUGGGAACUCUGCUCCAGGUGUUAAUCUAAAGUCCUCCGGUGUCCGGAAAAACCCCUCCUUGGGAUCCUCAAGUUUUUUUGAUAGGUUCCGAAAACCAGGCAGUAAAGGCUCUCAAACUACCGAUUCCAUCGACAAGAAGGAAAUUACGUUGCAAAGAGAUCUUCGUCCAUUGCUGUUUAAAUUUAACGAGGGUUUCACGAAUGCAAUAAAGAGACCGGUUCGGGUUCGUGAUUUUCUUCUAUGAUAAAUAACUUACUCAUCCUAUCCAGCGGCUAUUUUAUGGUAGCAGUGCACGUAAGUUUCCAGUUUGUUUAUCUUGUAUAUCAAUCAUUAUAUCCUGUUAGAGUCCUAUUCAAUUUUACACUACAAAUAGAAAAGGGAAAAGAAACAUAUAUAUAAGCUUUAAUUGUAACAUAUCCUCUGCUCUUGGCCUCUUACACUUACUAUUGGCAAGGUUGAUAGUUAAUAUUUGUCUUUUAAAUUACAUAUAUGUAUAUAUACAUAUUUGCAUAUUCUCUAGGAAUCUAUAUCAGAUCCUGUUUGAAAAUGAAUUUGAAGAACUUGUACUUUUUGGAA